AUGGAUUUGCCCACAGCUCGAGAGAAGGAGACCGGCGAUGUUCUGCUCCAAGAGACAGCAAACGAAAACUUUCCGAUUCAGAAGUAUCUGCUGGAGAAUGUGGCUGAGUUUCGACGAUUGACUGAGCUCCGGCAACAGGGAUGGGACAACCCAAAAGGCGAUGAUUACUUUCAAAAGCAACGCCACAAUGCCGACAACGCUGACGAGAAGAUGGGGAAUUAUUUCUUUAACAUGAUGAAGGAAAUUGCCCAAGAAAUGCAUCAAGCAACCUGUGCUCUCGACAUUUCAAAGAUGGCCAGCCCUACCAUUCUAGACAUGUGUAUGGCGCCUGGUGGUUUUCUCGCAACGGCGCUGAAUUUAAACCCAGGAUCCCGUGCUUUGGGAUUCAGCCUGCCCAUUUCUAAAGGGGGCCACAAAGCGCUUCUAGCAAGAGAUCCCAAUGUCACACUCAGAUUUAUUGAUAUUACAAUGCUUGCUGCAGAUAUGGGUGUUGCGGAUAUCCCUGCAGAGCAUCCAGAAGCCAAAAGAUUUCUCUCACAACAGCUUGACCCUGGACAGCUCUUCGAUCUUAUUUUGUGCGACGGCCAAGUCCUCCGAACCCACAACCGAGCUGCGUACCGAGAGACGCGAGAAGCACUAAGACUAUCAAUUACCCAGCUUGCCAUUGGACUUGAACAUGUCAAGAUUGGCGGAACAAUGGUCGUUCUUCUCCAUAAAGUCGAGGCAGCACACAACAUCUUUUUGUUGUACAGGUUCAACAAGUUCUCUUCAGUCAAGGUCUUCAAAUCGACAAGGCACCAUGCCAAACGGUCAUCCUUCUACAUGAUUGCUACCAAUAUCCAAAGCCAGCACUGUGAGGCUAUCCUAGCGGUGGAACUGUGGAAGAAGCAGUGGAAGGUCGCAACUUUUGGAACGGAUGUUGAAUACGAGGAAGAACUUCGUGCGACGUGCUUAAAUGCAGAGGAAGUACUAGGAGAGUUUAGAACAGAGCUGGUGAGAUUGGGAAGAAAGGUAUGGGAAAUUCAAGCUACGGCUUUAGCAAAGGCACCGUUUAUCAAGAAAUGA